GUCUCUCCUUCAGACUUUCAACCUAUUUUACUUUUAAGUAACACAGACACGCACACACACACACACACACACACACACACAACCAAAAACAUCCAAAGUUCACAAUAUUGUGUCGUGACAGAAGAUUACAGCAUGUUCUUCCACUCUAAAAAAAAAAAAAAACCCUAUUAUCUUUGUGCAUAUUGUGGAAAAAAAAAAAAACAAACCACCGAACAUGCACCAACCUACGCCUCCAUUCAAAAAUGUAGAAUUUCCAUUUUCAUUGUUUACAUAUAUGAGGUCACACCUACUGUCCCUCCAGUGUACAGUUACAAUGAUGUAACCUAAAGGAGGCAAUCACCCCCAAUUGCACCUCUGGUCCCCUGAUCAGGCUUCUUCUUUUGCAAGAGAACAAAUCGCUUGUCUGGCUCUACACUUGUCAGCAUAGCCAAUCAUGAGCAGCUUUCGUCUCCUAUAAGAGUUUGGCUGGGCGCGUCCGUCGUCACACAGGCUGAAGACAGAGAUCCAGAGCUUCAGGGAUGGUGCCACUAUGCCUUUUUCUUGUUCUUCUCUGUGAAAUCUGUCAGGUGCAAACCGUUGAGAAGACCCCCGGUAUAACUCAGGACAGUGGUAUCAUAACAGCUGAAGUUGGGGGGACCGUUACUUUGAAAUGCUUUUGUCAAAAUGAUGCUGUAACCUUCCUCUCCUGGUACCAGCAGCGACUUGGGGGGAAGCCUCUCAUCGUAUCAACCCGGAUGAAGCACAACAAAGACGCUUCCAUUUCCAAGGCGUAUACAGGAAGGUUUCAGGUGCAAACCGGGGAAAGCAUCAACCAUCUCAAAAUCUCAAACCUCCGCCCGUCGGAUUCAGCGACGUAUUACUGCGGCAUUUUAGAAUUCAACGCUAUUGAAUUUGGGCGAGGAGCUUUCCUGCACGUCAAAACGUCGCUGUCCAACAUCAACGCCGUCGUCCAGCAGCCGGCGCUGGAGUUGCUACGCCCCGGCGAGUCUGUGAACCUGAGCUGUACGGUGUACGCUGAAAAAUGUGCGGGGGAAAAGAGCCUCUACUGGUUCCGACACGGUGCGGCUCAGCCCGCGGUCAUGUAUCGCAACGCGGGACAGUGUACGACAGAUGCCCGCGUCGAAAAUUGCACGUUGAACCUCGCCAUAAAGUCCGUGAACGCCUCCGACGCGGGGAUGUACUACUGUGCUCUGGCCUCGUGCGGGGAGAUUGUGUUCGGAAAUGGAACGAGGCUGAUGAUUUCAGGAGAGUCCUCCAGAGUCCCUAUCCUGGCAUACUGCCUAACAGGGGCAUUGGCCUUUUCCAUUAUUCUGCUCCUUGUCCUGGCUUUCACGCUGUACAAGUUGAAAAAACAAAUAUGCUCCGUCUGCAAAGGAAGCGUUUCUCAUCUGGCAUGUUCUGCAGCUUCUGAUCCCAUGAGCCAGGAUGCUGACGGCCUCCAUUACGCCGCUCUGAGUCUGAACAGAACCAGCGGGCGACAUCGGCAGGAGGAGUCUGAGGACAGUGUCUGUGUUUAUUCAAGAGUACGGAGUAGAAAAGAGUGAAAUGGGACUUUGCCUUGACUUUCAACCACAAAACAAGUUCUCUUUCCUGUCACCCAUCUUAAUAAAACAACACUUCACAUGUGUAAAUGUACAAUAUGCAAUACUGUUAAAUAGAAUAAAAUAUAUU